CCAACAGAUAUUUAAAUGUAUUCGCAGAGGAAACGGUCCCAUUUCAUGGGAACCUUUAAACAUGCCACGAUCUUAUAUGGAAAGGAAUAUUAGAAACAAGCAAAUCGUUCAAGACACGCACCUGAGAUUUUCUGGGAAUUCCACUAAUUCUGAAAGGUCGGAAACAUCCAACAGAACAAUAAAAUCGGGUUCUUCAUACGAUGACGUUCAGCAUGUGCAAAACAGAGACGGUCAGGGACGCCUGCAGGAUAUAGUAGAGUUCAAUGAAUUUCCAAUAGAUUAUGAUGACGACAUUGAAGAGAAUGAGAAUGUACAUGGAACAGAACAUUUUCGAUUCUCCAAUCAUUCUCGAGGCUCCAACAUCACCAAGCAAUCGGGUUCUUCAUACGGUGAAGUUCAAGGUGUACAAAACAGAGACGGACAGGCAACGGGAAUACAACAAUUAUCAUACUGUCCUCGAGGAACUCGCUUAAUACAUGUACCAAUAUCGCCCUUAAAUCUGCAACCGCAAAAUGUUAGAGAAACUGAUAGAGUCGGGCUACACUACAAUAGAAGACAAUGUGAAUACUAUGACAAUUCACGGUCACGAUACCAACGAAGAGAUCGAUAUGCCCAAUAUGACAAUGCCCCGAAUGUAUCUGGAAUAGGAGGUUUGCGUUUGUCCAAUCAAUCUGGAGGCUCCAACACCACACCGUAUUAUGCAGAUGUAGGGCCAUGGAGUUUACAAAGUACAACCAGUCGCGAACAGCCCCCACCUCUACCUUCCGCACGGCCGACAUACUGUGUUCUAGAACCAGGUCUCGUUCAUAGAGACACGGAGAGGGAUCAGUCCGAACUUAAACAUAAAAGUUGUUCCAUAAAGAGGGCUUGUCAGUGCGCCGUCUGGACAGCUAUUUUCCUCGGCAUCUCGAUUGGCGUUGCACUUUCCACUUUUAAUAACAUGAACGCCAAUAAUUUGGAGAAAAAGAUAAUAGAGGGUAACAAUCAAAUUAACAAUACACUCGCCAGCUCGCUUAAGACGUUUAGUGAUUCAUUUAAUGAAACAAUAGUGUCAGUUCAAAACGAUUCACACACAUUGUGGGAUGAAACAAGUAAUCUACGUAAUCAAACUGAAACGUCAAUAGGAGAACUGAGAACAAAGUCGUUGGAAUUAUCUGAGGAGUUAAAGGUGUUUAAUGAUUCAUUUGAUACAGCAAUAAUAUCUGUAAAAAACGAUUCACAUACUUUACGUAAUGAAAUAAGCAAUCUAAGGAAUGAGACUGAAACGUCAAUACAAGAAUUGAAAACCAUGCCGUUGGAAGUAUUUGAAAAGCUUAAAACGUUUGAAGAUAUAUUUAAUGAAGCAACAGAGUCUGUAAGAAAUGAUUCACAAACACUACGUAAUGAAAUAAGUAAUAUAAGAAAUGGAACUGAAACGUCAAUACAAGAAUUAAAAACAGUGUUGUUUGAAUUAUUUGAAGAGUUUAAGAGGAACAUGACAGCUUAUUACACGAACCAGACAGGUAACCAAGAUAGUGGCUCUUCGUCAGAUCCAGGAGGACAGUGCUACAACAGUACAACUAAGGGCUGUGUUGAUCAAUGUGACAGCAUGUGUGAUGGGGACUACCAGUCAUGUUCGACGUGUAAUGGUUAUGUUACAUGCGCAAAUCGUAUAUUAUGGCAAAGAGACUGUUCAAGCGGUUCAAACUGGCAUCUUGUUUGGGACGAUAACACCAAAACAUGUGAAAGUGUAAGCAAUACUUGUCAAUAGAAAUAUAUAUAUCAUUGCAAUCUUGCAAAUUUAAGAGUGUUAAAGAUCAAAGAAACAGUCAAUUCAUUGACAUAGGUCAUAUUGGCUCGAUAAUAAUGGCGGAUUUUUAACCGGAGAAAUGUGUUUUUACAACAUUUUCUACAAUAGAUUUGUAGUUUGACAUAUUAUAAAUACAGUUGUGUUG